CUCAUGAAAAGAAAUGCAUCAGUAGAGGAGAGUCAUUGGUUCCAACGACCCAGUCUAAACUUUCACGAGUCAGCAGUGGUUUUGGCCUUUCGAAGCUAACUGGAUCAAGAAGAAACCGUAAAGAAAGUGGGCUGAACAAACAUAAUCUGUCCACACAGGAAAUCUCUCAGUGGAUGUUUACACACAUCGCAGUAGUCCGAGACUUGGUAGACAUGCAGUAUAAAGAAUACCAAGAGCGUCAACAAAAUGCGUUGAAGUAUGUGACAGAGGAGUGGUCUCAAAUUGAAUACGAGUUAUUACGGGAAAGAGGACUGUGGGGCCCUCCCAUUGGCUCUCACCUAGACAAGUGGAUGCUGGAGAUGACAGAAGGGCCCUGUCGAAUGAGGAAGAAGAUGGUGCGGAACGACAUGUUCUACAUUCAGUAUCCUUACAUGCCGGAUGCUGAACAUGAGACAAACAUGCUG